AUGCCCAGAGGAUUUUUGAUCAAAAGGAAGAAGAGGGCCACGUCACACAAGGCAACAGGGAGCCAGGUCAUGGGGUAUCCUGAAAAUGGUCCCAGUUCAUGGCCCUUGAUGGAAGGGCACGGGACCUGGACUGGAGUUCAAGGACAAGAACUAAAGGAAGGACCCAGCACAGUGAGGUCCUGGAGCCAAAAUGCUUUCCCUAAUGGAUUCUCAAUGUCAGAUGAAGAUGCUCAGCCUAACACAGGAUCACUGGCCAUGGAGCUUGUGACAUCUCCAAUCUUUGACUCACUUCAAUCAAGAAAAAAGUCAACUCACCCUGAGGCACUGGGACAGAGCAGUGUGGACUCAUUGGGGGAGGAACCAAGUACUGCAGUAAGUGAAGACAAAGGAACCAUCCCUGUUAAGCAAAGUGCUGAAGACAAAGCGAGGCAUUCCAGAGACACAAAGAGAUCGAGCUGCGAUGUUCUAGGAGCAUACAUUUGCCAGUUGUGUGGCGAGGAAUAUCCAGACUGCUUUGCCCUUGCCCAACACAAAUGCUCUGGGAUAGUCCAGGUGGAAUAUCGAUGUUCGGAGUGUAGCAAGGUCUUCGGAUGCCUGGCCAACCUCGCCUCUCACCGCCGAUGGCACCGGCCCCCCUGCGGUGUUACCAGCCAAGGCAAGAAGAAGGAAGCACGACGCCCAACCCUCAAGGGUUCACACAGUUGCCGUGAUAUCAAGGAGAGGUCACUGGAUUAUCUGAACCUGAACCCACCAUUGUCUCAGAUGAAGGAGGGUUUGCAGAUCCAUCGUGGCAAUGGCCCCAAGCUAGUAAGAAUGGAGACGUUCGGUUGUGUGGCUCCAUUGUAUUGGACAGACAGCAAUCUCCAUUCAGGCCACUUCAGGGGUCUUCUGUAUCCACUGGAUGGUCAGUGGGUGUUGGGUGGUCCUUCCAGAUCUGAGGCCUCCUCUUAUCUGUUCCAGGCUGAUGAGGUCUUUGGGGAUGGCAUCCAUGGGGUCAACAAUUCUCAGCACGUGCUGGAGGCCAUUCCCUGCAGGUGCUCCCUGGGAACCCUCUUUACUACAUCUGAAGCAAGGAAGCAGGUGAGCAAACCUGAGCCAGUGGAGAACAGUCAGGAGAUGCCAGGCUAUUAA